AUGACAACAACAACAACAACAAAUGAUGAAAUUGAUUUUGAUUUUUCACAAUUCGAUGAUACAUUAAUAAGUGAUAAUCAAAAACAAAAUUUAAUUGAUUAUAUUAAUCAAAUAAAAAAUCAAAAACGUUCAAUUUCUGAUGAACUUAAUCAAUAUAAAUUAUCAACAGGUAAUGUAAAACGACGACGUACAACAAAACGACAAUUAUUAUCAAAUUCAAUAUCAUUACCAAUAAUAAAUAAUGAACAAACAAAUAAUUUACAAACAAUGUUUGAAACAUUAAUUUAUAUUGUACAUGAAAUAAAUCUUGAACAAAUUAAAUUAUCAACAACAAUUAAUCAAUUAAUAAAAAGAAUUAAUCAAAAUGAAUUAUAUUUAAAUCAAUUAAAUAAUAAUAUUGAAAAUUUAUAUGAACAAUAUCAUACUAAACAAUAUUCAGAAUUUGAAAUAGAUCCAAUUGAUUUACCAGUAAAAUUAUCAUCAUCAUCAACAAUUAUUGAUAAUAAUUAUCAACAACCAAUUGAUAUGAGUACAACAGGAAAUAAUUAUAAUUCAAUUGAUAAUACAACAACUAAAACUAUUGGAAAAUCUUCAUCAAAUAAAGAAUAUAUUGAACUUGGUGAUCCAUCAAUUGGUUUAUCUUGUCUUGUAUUAAAACGUAAAUAUGAUCAAGUACGACGUCGUACUGAAUUAGCAUAUAUUCAUGGUGAAAAACGUGCUAUUGGUCGUUUAUUAACAUUUUUAAUUCGACAAUUUUUUUCUAAUGAAGAAUUACGUAAUGCAUCAUUAGAUGGUCGUGUACGUAAUACACAAGCAUUAUCAAAAGAUCGUAUGUCUAUUAUUGAUAAACAUUUACAAACAAUAUUUGGUAUUGAUUAUAAUUUAUAUCGAAUAACAAAAGAUUGUGCUGAACAAGUUAAUGUUGUUUGUCGACAUGCUAGAAAUCCAAAAAAUUUUUUCGAUAAUAAUAAUAAUAGUAAUACAAAUAUUAAAAUUGAAAUGAAUAAUAAUUCUAUUAUAAAUCAAAAUGAUAUUGUUGAAGAUAAUGAAUAUGAAUCAUUUCAAGAACAAUUAUUUAUUCAAGCAAAUGAACAACGAUUUCAUGAAUUAGCACGUGAUUAUGAUAUUGUACAUAAUGAAGUAGUUAAACAACGUGAAAUUGAAAGUCAAUUACGUACUGAAAAUGAGCAAUUAAAAAAUUUAUCGCAUGAUAUUGAACAACAAUUAUCAACUAUUCGACAAAAUGAACAACAACUUAAUACAAAAUUGGAAACAACAACAGAACAAGUUCGACAAUUAUCAACUGAAAAAGAACAAUUAAAAAAUACAAUUCAUGAAAAAGAACAAGAAAAUUAUGAAUUAAGAAAACAACGUGAAUCUUUAGAAGAAGAAAAUCAUCAAGUACAUGAAACAAAUAAUACAACAAUAACACGUUUACAAGAACUUGAAAAUACAAGUUCUCAACUUCAAAGUUUAGAAUCAUUAUGGAAUAAAGAACGACAAUUAUAUAUUGAACAAUUACAAAUAUUAGAACAAUCAUUGAUUGAAAGCAAAAAAUUAUCUAUUGAUCAACAAACUAAAAUUAUGCAAUUAACAAUACAAUUAGAAUCAACUGAAGGACAAUUACAAGCACAAAAACGUGCAUUAGAUAUGGGUGUUGAUGAAAAAAAUGAAACUAUACUUAAUCUUGAUCGACAAUUACGUGAAAAAACUCAACGAAUAGAACAACUUCAAACAGAUCUUCAACGAAAUAUACGUCAAAUGGAAAAUCAACAAAUAACAUCAAAUAAAACUAUUCAAUCAUUAAAAAAUCAAAUUGAUGAAUUAUUAAAAAAAAAUAUUUUAAUUAAUGAACAAUAUGAUGAGCAAAAUCAAUUGUUAGUUAAAAUUACUACAGAACGAGAUGUGAUUAAAGCAGAUAUGCGAUCAUUAUCCGAAACGUUUGAUAAACAGUCAAUUGAAAAUGGUAAGUAA